AUGGAAGGCUUGGUGCACUCUCGAAUCAACCCCAUUCAUGCUACCGGUAGACAAUAUCACUCUCGUCUUGUACCAGCAUUUUCCGUAAUGUUGUCAAAGAAUUUCAUCACAAGUCCAGUUUUAUCUAUGAAACGUCAUAAAUCAUUCAAUUCAGUUGUUGCUUCUGUUCAGCCUUUGGAAGCCUCUGACUUAGGUCAUUUUGACAAUACCCUGCCAUCCAAAGACGUUCUUCGACUUUGGAGAAGUGCUGAUGCUGUGUGCUUUGAUGUGGAUAGCACGGUGUGCCUAGAUGAGGGCAUUGAUGAACUUGCAGAGUUUUGUGGAGCUGGAAAGGCUGUUGCAGAUUGGACUGCAAGAGCAAUGGGUGGUUCUGUUCCCUUUGAGGAGGCCUUGGCUGCUAGACUAUCUCUGUUCAAACCUUCCUUAGCGCAAGUUCAAGAGUUUCUUGUGACAAGGCCCCAAAAGAUUUCUCCGGGCAUAGAUGAGUUAGUCAAGAAGCUGAAGGCCAAGAAUACUAAUGUUCAUUUGAUCUCCGGAGGCUUUCGUCAAAUGAUCAAUCCUGUUGCAUCAAUCCUUGGUAUUCCACUCGAAAACAUAUUUGCGAACCAGCUACUCUUUGGAAAUUCUGGGGAGUUUGUGGGGUUUGAUGUGAAUGAGCCUACUUCCAGGAGUGGAGGAAAAGCAACUGCAGUGCAGCAAAUAAGGAAGGUCCAUGGAUACAAGACUCUGGUUAUGAUUGGGGAUGGUGCAACAGAUCUUGAGGCUCGUAAACCAGGAGGUGCUGACUUGUUUAUUUGCUAUGCGGGAGUUCAACUUCGAGAUGCUGUUGCUGCAAAAGCUGAUUGGCUGGUUUUCAAUUUCGCAGAUCUGAUUAAUUCCUUGGAAUAG